AUGGCCACCGACAAUGAUAGCAUUUAUUCUUAUAAGCCUUCGCUUGCUGCCUCUAUUCUUUUCACUGUUUUAUAUUUCGGCCCUUCUAUCUACCAUCUCUACGCCUUGAUCUUGGCCCCGCUGCAGGGUAAAUUCCAGCGCAGCGGUCAUUUCACCCCGUUACUCAUUGGGGCCUUUCUGGAAGUUUUCGGAUAUGGCAUACGCUGUGCUAGCCUUAAGCAACCCGAUAAUAUUCCUUUAUACGCAGUAUCUGCCACUCUUAUUGUGAUCGCUCCAGUAUUCGUGUGUGCAAGUCUUUACCUGUUGAUGGACAGAUUGAUUUGGACUGGAGAUCAUGGAAAGACCAGCGAAAGAUCGACGAAAUCCCUUUUCAUCAAAAUCCGACGUCGAUGGCUGCCCAGAAUCUUCGUUUCGUUGGAUGUCAUCAGCUGCCUUACCCAAGCUUCAGGGAGUGGCAUUGCCUCUUCUGGGGACUGGGAAGGGUCGCAAAAGGAUACCGGUACUGGUGUCUUGAUAGGGGGGGUUGGUGCUACAGGUCGUGACAUUUACUGCUUUUUUGAUCAUCGUGGGAUCAUUCCAACUCAAAUCAAAGCAUGCGGGAAAAUCCAUAGAUCAGGGCGUGGGUGUACUUUUGAAGGGAAUCUACAUAGCUGGUUUCUUCAUCCUUGUGAGUGA